GCCGUGACGCGCCGGGCGGGCGGGUCCUCGGGCGCGCGCCUGCUCGGGCCCGCGGCGCCUCGUCAGUCGGAGCGAGUGGCCCGAGGCAGCGGCUUCCUCGAGUGCAGUUCCUGCGGCCUAGAAAAACCCUGCAAAAAUGUCUCUGUACCCAUCUCUUGAAGAUUUGAAGGUAGACAAAGUAAUUCAGGCUCAAGCUGCUUUUUCUGCAAACCCUGCCAACCCAGCUAUUUUAUCUGAAGCUUCUGCUCCCAUUGCUCAUGAUGCAAGUCUUUAUCCUAAAUUGUAUCCGGAACUCUCUCAGUACAUGGGUCUGAGUUUAAAUGAGGAAGAAAUACGUGCAAAUAUGGCUGUAGUUCCUGGGGCACCAAUGCAGGGGCAGUUGGUAGCAAGACCUUCCAGUCUGAACUAUAUGGUGGCUCCUGUAACUGGUAAUGAUGUAGGAAUUCGUAGAGCAGAAAUUAAGCAAGGAAUUCGUGAAGUCAUUUUGUGUAAAGAUCAAGAUGGAAAAAUUGGCCUCAGGCUUAAGUCAAUAGAUAAUGGUAUAUUUGUUCAGCUAGUCCAGGCAAAUUCUCCAGCCUCAUUGGUUGGUCUGAGAUUUGGUGACCAAGUACUUCAGAUUAAUGGGGAAAACUGUGCAGGCUGGAACUCGGAUAAAGCCCACAAGGUGCUCAAACAGGCUUUUGGAGAGAAGAUAACUAUGACUAUUCGUGACAGGCCCUUCGAACGUACAAUCACCAUGCAUAAGGACAGUACUGGACAUGUUGGCUUUAUCUUUAAAAAUGGGAAAAUAACCUCCAUAGUGAAAGAUAGUUCUGCAGCCAGAAAUGGUCUUCUGACAGAACAUAACAUCUGUGAAGUCAAUGGACAAAAUGUCAUUGGGCUGAAGGACUCUCAGAUUGCAGACAUACUGUCAACAGCUGGGACUGUAGUCACCAUCACAAUCAUGCCUGCUUUUAUCUUUGAACAUAUCAUUAAACGGAUGGCCCCAAGCAUUAUGAAAAGCCUGAUGGAUCACGCCAUUCCGGAGGUUUAAGUCAUGGCACAAUGGAAAUUUGCUGAACUAUUCCAGUUUACUUCUUCGGCAACUUCUUUAUUAUGCACAUGGAGCUUUCUAGGAGCCAGAGAGCAUAUGCUGCAUGAAGACCCUCUCUCUUAUGGCUGGGAAUCUCACCGUUUGAUCUCAUAUCUUGUUCAGACUUCAAGAUAGUUGUAGCCUUAUCCUGGUUUUACAGAUGUGAAACUUUGCAAACGAUUUACUGACUUUCACCGAAUAGUUUCUCUACUGGAAACCUGAUGUUUUACAAGCCAUUUUGAUUAGGAUGACUGAUACAGGCAUUGCUUUGUUGUCGAACCAGUCACCUUUAUCCUAGACAUCAAGUAGUGCUGUUCUCAACUUUAAUUCUAUGGCAUAUUUGCAUUUUUAGUGUGUUACCAUAAUACAUUUAGAAUGAUUGCUUUUGAUAGAUUUUUUUAGUUCUGUGUGCGUGCAUAGUAUGUGUGCAUUAAAGCCAAUUAAGUAGUAUUUGUUUCAUUCCAUGGAAGCAUUAAGCAGUGUAUGUAGGUUGCAAGAGAUUAUGUUAAUUACCAUUAAAUUUUAACUACCUUCACUUAAUAUGCUUAAACUGUCGCCUUAACUAUGUUAAGCAUCUAGAAUAAAAGCCAAAAUAGAAUUAACGCUGCCUUUUUAAAACCCAAAAUGCAGUUCUGUAUUAAACUGAAAUGUACUCUAGGCCAGAACAAUGUAAUACCAAGUUCAUAGAGUAUACCUGCUUAGUUGCAUUUGAGAUUUUCUAGUUAAUGUGUAGUGGAAACUUCUUUCUUCUAAGUUACUAGAAUCUUUUUCUGAGAAAUAAAUCGCUAUAUAUUUAAUGUAAAAAUUCUUAUACUAUAUAGGGUAAAUUUUUGAUGGCUUUUUUUCAUUUGUAGAUUAAGUGGGCUAAUACCCGGUCUUGGCAUUUUACUCGCAAUAGUUUGUAACCUAGCUAUUUGUGUCUUAAAAUGUUUCUUCUGGUAAUAUUUUCCAUUUUAUGACUUCUCCCUGUAAACAAAACAGUAGUGUCACUUUAAUCUGAUUCUUUCCUUUUCUUUUUGAUUUCUGCCUGUCCUAUAUUAAAUAUGUUAAAUAAAGUUAAAUUUUA